CUUACACACGCUCGAUCUUCAUCAGCAUGGGCGGCUCAGACUCAAGCAGCACUACAGCUACCAGCGAUGGCCCACCUCGUAAGCGCAUCAUCAUCGUCGGGGCCGGCGCAUCGGGCAUGUCGACAGCCUACGCACUCAGUCUAUCUCCUCAGAAAUUCGAUGUCACGGUAUAUGAGAUGUCUUCCAACGCGGGCGGCAUGGCCACAUCGUAUGAUCUGUCCAAAUCCAUGUCUGGCAAAUCUGCCGAUGCGCAUGCCCAGGCGACUGAGAAAUAUGGAUCGGAUUACAUCAACGAUGGCGUCCAGGGCGCUUCGCCUCAGUUUUACAACACUUUCAAGAUGUUCAACACACUAGGCUUCACCACCAGCGAAGUCGGCAUGCAAAUCGCGUUUGGCAAGGAUAAGGACACUUUCUGGACCAACGUAUUCCCAAGCGAUGUCGUCGAUCGCUAUGCAGGCGACAUCAAGAAAUUCGGUACGGCACUCAAAGUGAUCAAGAUGUUCGAGCCUGUCUUUGCCCUCAUCAGCGUGCAAGCGAUGCUUAAGAUGUUCCGUUUCUCAGAGGGAUUCGGCAAUGUGAUGCUCUUACCGCUGGUAGCCCUCUUUUUCGGUACUGGCAAUCAAACGCCGUUCAUUUCAUCUGCUAUUCUCGAACGAGUCUUCAUGGACCCCUCGAUGAAGCUAUUCGAGUACUCCCCUGACUCUUUGCUUGCGUCGAUCCCAGAGAUGCGAAGCUUUCCUCGAUUGUCCAAGGUAUACGAGGCUUGGACCAAGGAGGCCGAGUCGCGCGGCAACGUACGUGUGGUCUGCGGGCGACAGGUUCUGUCGGUCAAGCGGACUUCAGGCAAGAACGGACUCGACGGCGUCACGCUCGUCAGCCGCGAUGUCAAGGAUGUCGACAACAACCUCGAGAUAGUCGGGCCGGGCAAAGAACAUACAGAGACAUUUGACGAGCUCGUCCUAGCCUGCGAUGCUGAUUCGGCGCUAAAGAUCCUCGGUAAGGACGCGAGCUGGAAGGAAAAGAAGAUUCUCGGCAAUGUCAAAUACUUAUGGGAUGUCACGUAUACCCAUUCCGAUCUCGACUAUAUGGAGAAGUAUUACAAAGUCAGACAUGAUCCAGAAAUGCGAUCUGGUAAGCGCGAUGACGACGAAGAAGCCCAGAAGCAGUAUAAAUUUGCCGAGAAGAAUUGGGAGCCUUUGUAUUUCAUCCAUACCUAUCCGGAGGACCAAGCCAAAAUCGAGAUGUCAUUCGACCUGACUGUCUAUCAAGCUCAAUUCAAAGGCGAGAGCGUUUAUGGGCCAGAGGGCAAGGGCUACAAGAACGAACGCGAUGGCGACGACGAGGCAACACACAAGGGCCGCAAGAUCCCCAUGGGAAAGGCGCCGCCACUUGAGCAACACGUUUUUCAGACCAUUUUUCUCGACAGAGACAAUAGCAGCCACCUCUGGACAAAGGACGACAUUGCAGAAGACAAGAUUAUCCUUAAGCGGUGGUGGAAACAGCAAAGUCAUCGAUGGCAACAUUACGGCGGUACCGUCGCAUGGAUGUGGUCCAUCCAGGGCAAGAACCACACGCACUACGCCGGUGCAUGGUCUGUGUUGAACAUGAACGAACUUGCAGUUUGUUCAGGCUUCGCUGCUGCUUAUCAGCUUGGUGCACCUUACCCGUUCAAGGACGACUCGGACUGCAAGCGUCUGUUUUCACUGUAUCUAGCACUCGGUCAUUUAUCUCGGAUGCGUUCGGAAGACCGAAAAGGCUUCUUCGCGUAGUUUCAGUCUAGCAUGCAUACACUUGUUUACACACAACAUGCACAGAUAGCAUCGAGCACAC